UCUGUCAGCUGCGCGCGACGUCGUCGUCGUCGUUGUAUCGUUGUGCCGCGUGCGAUAGCGAAGCUGAUACGGGCGAUCUGCGUAUAAGGACAACACGAGGCACAGUAGGCCAGCGCAGUGACCACCUGGACCGUCUGAUUCCGUCUGAUUCUAAUGGCCGACUCGGACAGUUUCGAGUCUACCGACGGGUCGACCCCGUCGUUGGACAGCGAGAAGGACUUUGUCGUGGAACGCAAAGAGGUUUCGCCAUCGUGCAACAUGGCGCCUCACUUUUGGCGGCAUGGUGAAACCCUGAAAGUGCCCAUGUCCCUUUUUCACAAGAAUCGCCAGCGACUCGUCACGCGUCUCCAAACGAAGACUGGAAGGGUUCAUCCUCUCCCGGACUUUUACGUCAUUCUUCAAGGUGGAGUGGAGGUUCCCUUCAACGACACGGACAUAAAUUGGCCUUUUAGACAGGAGUCGUACUUCCAAUGGGCCUUCGGCGUGGAGGAGCCGGGCUGUUACGGCGCAAUCGAACUCGCGAAAGGUACCUCGCUCCUCUUCGUGCCGCGUUUAUCACCCGAGUAUGCGAUUUGGCAGGGCAAGCUGCACACUCUGGACGACUUCAAGGAACGGUACGCCGUGGACGAGGUUUAUUACACCGACGAGAUUGCGAGCGUGCUGUUGAAAAAGGAUGCGAAAUACAUGCUCUUGCUGAGAGGCGAAAACAGCGAUAGCAAAUUGGUGAAGCCUCAAGCGGAUUUCGAUGGCAUCAUGAAAAUCCCGAGAGAUAAUGAAGUCUUGCACCCAGAAAUAGCCGAGCUUGCGACGAAGAAUGGGCCCUUAAAACAUACCAUUAGCAUAGAGACCGACGAGGGCACGGCGAUACUUUACUGCUCCGAUAUCGAGCGCCUGAAAAACACGGACGUGGCGCAGGUUCUGGACGCGAUAAACUCGGGGAACGCGAAUAAAGGAGUUUAUUCCUUGCUGGAGAACACGAUCGCGGACGAGAUAAAUUGCCGGAUAGCGCUCCAAAGUUUGAGGAAGAUGAUAGAGUUGGAGAGCGGGUGGCACCGAUACCGGAAAACCUCGUCGAACGCUCGACGACCAUCCGCGGAGACUAUCAAUAGAGACAUCAUUUUGCAACAGCUUGUGAAUCUGAUUGCUAAGAGUCAAGACAGCGAGACGAUAUUACAAGGACUGAAGGCACUGAAGAGAGACAGAUUUAGCCCUUCGACAAAUAUUUAUAGGGACCGGAUCUGCAACGAAGUUAUGAUUAGAGCCACGGACGGCGAGCUUACCGUGUCGCAGUUAAUCAGAGCGGUGAGAAUCCUAGCUAAUUAUGGAAACGCCAAGUACAGAAAUUGCAUCGACACGUUGUGGGUAGGUUUGGCGUGCAGGGAACAGGAUAUCAAACCGGAUCUACUGGUUCCGUUAUUCAGAUCGCUGAAAUACUUCCAACGAAGCAAGAGCAUGGUACAGAUCAUUUUGGAGAAGAAACUGUCGGAGCAGUGGCUGAAGUUGACCGGCUCGCAGAUGGCCAGUAUACUGAAUUGUCUUUACGGGGAAGAGUCCUCGAAGGGAUGUCUGUCGAGCGCUAGUAAGUGGGCAAGCGUGAGCAUGACCACUUCCACCGAGAAGGAUCUCGUCAAUUUUAUCGGCGGUUUACGCACGAAGAAAUACGUUGAUGAAAAUAUAGAACAAGCGUUGGCGAGAUACGUAACAACCAAGGGCACCGAGAUGAAAGAUCCUAAUUUAAUCGCCUCCAUCAUGGAUUACUGUAAAGAUUUGCGAAUUCGAAGUCCGUACGUGCUCGCCGAAUGUGGAAAAUAUUUCAUGAGACACGGGAUGGAAAUUCCGCCUACGUUAUUGUCCCCCAUUCUCGCGCCGUUUGGAUUAUUGAAUCUACAACCUCCAGAUCCGACCGAGUUUUGGAAGACGUUCGACGAGGUGAUGUCCGCGAGAUUCUCAGAUUUAAAGCUGAACGACGCAUUAGAUAUUCUUCUCUCUUGCACGUAUCUCGAAAGAUAUCCCAUUAAACUUUUGGAUAAAGUCUUCAGUUCGUAUCUUAUGAAUAGGCUGCAAACUCACAGGGACGUGCCUAUCGUCACGCGCCUGAAAAACAAAUUGAAAUUAUUCGACGCGACCAUGUCGUUGGAAUGCAAGGAUUAUCGUGGCAGCCCGAUUAACCUAGACAGAAACACGAAGUCGUUAAGUUCGGACAUGCGAAUCAGGGGUAUUAUUAAUAAAAUACACAAACCACUGGCGCACGUGGUAGGCGGCGAGCACAAGUUGAGCAGGAGCGUGGUUUUGAACAGCCGGGUAACAAAGACUCCCGAAGAAAUUGAGGUAAUGCGGUACGUUGUCAAGAUAAGUUCGGAGGCGCACAAGGCCGUAAUGCGCUCCGUGCGCCCUGGAAUGCCAGAGUACAAAGCAGAGGCUUGCUUUUUGAAUUAUGUAUACGCCGUGGGAGGAUGCAGGCACGUGUCUUACACAUGCAUCUGCGGAUCCGGGCAUAAUUCCUCAAUAUUGCACUACGGUCAUGCCGGUGCGCCGAAUGCUAAGGUGAUACAGGAUGGAGAUAUGUGCUUGUUCGACAUGGGCGGCAAUUAUUGCGGAUACGCGGCCGACAUCACGUGCAGCUUUCCGGCCAACGGGAAAUUCACCGAGGAUCAAAAACUGAUCUACAACGCGGUGCUGAAGGCGCGCGACGCGGUGAUCAAAGCCGCGAAGCCGGGAGUUAGCUGGCCGGACAUGCAUCUUUUGGCGAACAGGGUCAUGUUGACGGCGUUGAAAGAAGGUGGACUGCUGGUGGGCGACGUCGAGGAUAUGAUAAAAGAGGGCCUGAACGAGAUAUUCCAGCCUCACGGACUGGGUCACUUGUUGGGACUGGAUGUGCAUGACGUCGGUGGAUAUCUUGGAUAUCCGUCAGGCAGAUUUCUCACUCCUGAACGUCCGACGGCACCAGGAGUGAGAAAGCUGAGAACCGCGCGGAAAUUGGAGGCCGGAAUGAUUCUUACGGUGGAACCAGGCUGUUAUUUCAUAGACACCUUGCUCGAUCAAGCUCUUGCCAAUCCGGAGCAGUCGAAAUUUCUCGUGAAGGAUCAGCUGCAACGGUUCCGAGGUUUUGGCGGCGUCAGGAUCGAGGAUGACGUCCUCAUAACGGAAACCGGAGUAGAGAAUUUGACGGAUGUUCCUCGCACAGUCGAGGAGAUAGAGAGCUUUAUGCAGAGUGGAUCGGUCGAGAUUAUUGCGCAGAAAUCGGAGGAUUCCAAGGAUAAAGAAGUGACAGGUUAAACAAACUGUUAUUAAUACGUAUUAAUUAAUUGCCUAAAACCAAUUGUGAUAUAAUUUCUUACAAGAUAUGAAACUGCAUAUACAUACGUAUAUAUAUAUUUUUCUAUUGAUUACUACUUAUACAUAAAUGUACUGAAUAAAGCAAGACUGAAACGCCAUAA